UAUCUGUGGAACGAACACCAUCAGCAGUAGCACUUAGCGGGCAAGUUGACAAGCACUAGGUGACUAGAUCGUCCAACCACUCCAAUCGAGGGUAUGUACUGAGCCAUUUCUUGAUAUCGAAGGCCCCCUGCAUUGAUCGUUUCGAUCUUUCUCAAUUCCCAACAGUCAUACGUGUAAUCUAAGCUUUAGAAUGCACCGACACCCCGUGGAUAAUCUCGAGGACAUCAUCAACUGCAAGUAGUGGCUGACCACUCCUGCGUGAAUGCUUCGCAGUCAGCCUCCACUGAAUCAGUUGUUAUAUUUCAUGGCUGCUCUUCAAGUUGAUAACGUCCCACCAACUUCCUCUUUUCAGUGAUUGCCAUGCGUUUCACCAACAGAUCUUCGUCUAUGCCUGUCUCUUCCGUCCCUCUCGCCAAAUCCCAGACUCCCAUUCGGCGUGUAACUUCUCUCUUGCGUUCUCCGCUUCAAAUCGGUAUACAUUCCCGUCCACGUUCACACUCUACGGACACUGUAAGGCCAUCAAUCAGUCGCCCCCUUUAUUACACUCCUCCCCCCGCGGUCGCUCUUCAGACCGCGUCUCUAUCCACCGACAGUAUCAUCAUUACAUCCUUCCAACGUGCACCGUUCUGCUGCCAUGAGGACCUUGUUACCAUGCCUCGCCCUGAACUUGUGCGGGUUGCUCAGAACAUCAAUUCACGUCUGCCAAAGGCACUGCAAAUUGCAUGUGGUGAUGAUGUGGAAGAUGCAGAUAUUCGGAGAGCGAUAGAAGUCCUAACUGGGAUCCGCGCAGAGACAGCACGAGAAUCAGUCCCACCCGUUCCAGGCGCACCUAGGGCGGUACGGAUAAAGAGCAUGAAUGCGAUAUUAGAUGAAGCACCCUGGGAUGUGGAUAUUGACUCGAGUACAAUGGACGAACGAGCUAUGGUUACUCCUUCUAGCCCGCUUGCCAUGCGUCGCCCGCGCUUGGAAAUGCUCAGGGAGGAACAAGAACAGGAGGAACCUUUGAAAAAACGAAGGCGUGCUUCACCAGAGAACGCCAAUACCCCACCUGGUCGUGUGCCUACUACGUCGGGCUCACGCCUCCUCGAGAGUCUUGACGUUUCAGCCUCUCCUCUGCUUGCGUCAGACAGCAGCGAGGUCGUUAGCUCCAUGACCAGCACUCAAGGGAAUGUACAGCGUCGACGCAGUGCUCGUCUCUCCAGAAACAACUCCCACCCGCGCGAAGUUGUAAUUCGCCUCCCCUUUGCAUCUUCACCCACAGCACAACCUACCCGCCUGCUCCGUUCGCACUCCCAAAGGACAAGCCUUACAACGCCUAUGCAGGUCUCGAAGCUCAAGCGAGCUCAAUCCGAUGCCAAUGUCACUCUUACACGCCCCAAGUACCAUUUUCGACGCGGGCGCGCUACACCCAAAGUUGUCGAUCCUGCCGAAUUCGUGCUAGAUGCUGAGAAGACAAUGCAGGUGCUACCGAUGAUCCCCACAGGGUCUAGGCUCGCAGUCGAUUUUCUCACUCCUAGGGCCCGUAGUGCGAGCGCAUCAACUACGGCCUCGCAGAAGAAGAGUGAAAUUGGGUCAAGGGUCGUGGAGGCGAUGGGGGAGAUGGUGGUAUGAGUUGGAGCACGCCUGAUGCAUGGCGUUGUCCAGUUCCGGAAGCUGAGGAGUCUCGAGUCAUGCGGUAUAUUCAUUUGUACUAGGA